UCGUCUGCCCCGCGAUGAUGCAUUCCCUCACCAAGCUCGGUUUCUGUUCUUGUUUUGAUUAAAGAAUGUUAGCUGCCGCUCACCGCUUGUCUGCAGACUUUAUUAAAUGGAAAACUUCCACAACACAUCUCAUCUGGUCUCAUCUGACCAGAUUAUAUUCUCAGAGUAUUUCACAGAUUUGUCUGAGGAGAGGGACGAUGAACUUCAAACUGAGCUCAGACCAGUGACAGCAAUGAAACCUCCAGCUUACGUUCCAAUGCAGGUGAGGGCCUAUGAUGGGCCCUCUGGACAGCCUGGAGGAUCUGUAUUGGUUCAGCACACCACUGUGAACGUCAUCACUGAGCCUCCAAAGGACCAUUUUAUCUGGUCCCUCCUCUGCUUUCUCUACUCACACCCUUGGUGUUGUCUUGGACUUGCAGCUCUCAUUUAUUCUAUCAAGGCCAGAGACCGGAAGGUGGCCGGAGAUCUGGAGGGUGCACGACGUCAUGGGCUCACUGCCCGUGGGCUUAACAUUGCCGCCACAUUCCUGUUUGCCAUUGGAUUUGUGAUUGUAAUUAUUAGAGUUCUGUGACUGCAAAUCUAUCUGCUUAGGCUCACAGAGAACCGUUUACACCGGGAUUAAGUUAGUUGCUUCUUUGACUUGUUAUUAAGCCUCAUAUUCUGUACAAGGAAAACACAGCUUCAGACCCACUGUUUAAUUUCAGAAAUAGGGGUGUGUUCUAAUAGUUCAUUUUGCUUAGUCUCUCAGUUAGGAACUGUGGCGGUCAUAAUAAAAGCUGCUCCAAUUAUCCAAAUACUAAGGAAAGGUGCUUCAGUGCUUCUUUUAUUGCUUCCUUUAGCAUAGGGUACACUGGAGCAUCCUUUAUAAAAAGGGAGGAGAAAAAGUGUCCCAUAAUUCAUUGCAACAGACCAUUUGGCUGUUCAUGAAACAAUGCAUAUAAUAAACAAAGUUGCGCAGAUCAUGUAAAUGUGGUCAGCCACCAGUGGUUCUCCAAAUGAUCCUGUCUCCAAAUCUUAGAGAAAAUUGUUUAUUGCCAAUUGAUGGAUUUUUUAAAACGAGAACGGUAUCUUAGAGGUGUCCCAAUCAGGUUUUAAAAACCUCUAUAGCACUGAGUCAGCACUCUUAUAGGUUUUUAAUGAUAUCUUUCUUACCUGUAAUUCUGGUAAUCAUGUUGUCCUUGUCCUCCUUGACCUAACAGCUGCUUUUGACACUGUAGACCACAACAUUUUACUGUCUCGCUUACACCAUCUUGCAAGGCAUUCAUGGUACUGCUUUGAAUUGGUUUAGGUCUUAUCUUUCUGACAGAACUUUUAGUGUUAACUUUUUAGGAUUUGAGUCCUUUUCUGCCGCUUUUCAGUUAGGGGUCCUGCAGGGCUCAAUUUUAGGGUCUUUGCUUUUUUCAUUAUAUUUACAACUCUUGGGAACCAUCCUCAGAAGGCAUGGAAUAUCCUUCCACUGUUACGCCGGUGACUGCCAGAUUUAUCUCCCUCUGAAGCAGAAAGAUGCGUUCUCUAUUAAACCGCUUCUAGCAUGUCUAGAAGAUAUUAAAUCUUGGAUGUCCCUAAACUUUUUAAGAUGUAAUUCAAGCAAAACUGAGGUGACUGUGUUUGGUCCUAUCGGACCACUAUUGAUUUGGGACCCCUGGCAGAGUAUUUUAAACCUGUUGUUACUAACCUGGGUUUUAAGAUGGACAGUAAUUUUAAAUUGAACACUCAAAUUAGGGCUACUGUCAAGUACAGUUUUUAUCAUUUAAGGCGCUUGGCAAAGGUAAGACCUAUUUUAUCCAGGCCGCAUUUUGAAACAGUAAUCCAUGCUUUUAUUUCAUCUUCUUUAGAUCACUCUAAUGCACUGUAUUUUGGAGUUAGUCAGUUUCUUCUCUCUCAUCUGCAGGUGGUUCAAAAGGCUGUUGCACUACUUUUAAGAGAACUCUCAAAAGAGAGCACAUAACUCCCAUCUUCGCUUCACUCCAUUGGCUGCCUGUAUAUCUUAGAGUUCAUUGUAAAAUUUGAAUAUUUGUUUUUAAAUGUUUAAACAGUCUUGCCCCACCUUACCUCUCUGAGCUUCUUUGUCCUUAAUCACCCCUUGGGUUUCCUAAUCUCUGGAACAAUUUGCCCCAGCACAUUAGAGAGGCCCCUUCAUUGUCCACUUUUAAAACAUGUCUUAAAACCAAUAUUUACUCGUUGGCAUAUGACACAGUAUGACCCUGAUUUUGUUGUUUUAGUGUAAUCUAAUGUGCUGAUUUUAUUGUCUUUAAUCCAGUUCUAAUUAUCAUUUUAUACUAUUUUAUUUUUGCUAUUUGUGCUGAUUUUAUUAUUUUAAAAUUAAUUCUAAUCAUCAUUUUACAUGUGACUUCUUGCUUAUCUUUAUUCAUUGUAUCGUUUUUGGCAUGUCAAAUGUACAUCACUUUGUUUUCAGCUGGGAGCUGUUCCGAAAGUGAUAUAUUAAUAAAUUUCUUGCUUGCUUA